AUGGCACGUGCUCUGCAUUUCCAGAAGACUCCGGAACAGAUUAAAGCCGAGCUGGAGCAGCAAUUUCUAUGGCCUCCGACUACGUUCAGUCCGGAAUGGCUGAACAAGUUGCAGCAUCGAUGGGACUACCAAUCUUCCAAUUACGCCGAGCUCUGCCACCUAGCCCCUACGCAAACAAGAACGGUCACCCGCUUCACCCGUGAAGGCCUUGAAGGGAAAGUCACCGGCUACCGACAGGUUACGGUGCCCGCGUCCAGUGCCACCGCGAAGAAUUCGACGUCCUUGCUCCGAAGACCUGCCAGUCGAGCUGACUUUGUGCGCGGCGCUGCGGGCUUCUUUCCCUUUACACCUGGUGGCCUGGACGGAGUGGAUGCAAUUCAAGCCUAUGAAGCCCAAGUGACGGUCGAGGAAGAGACCAAGCGACCGGCCAAGAAGUCUAGCGGUCUAGAUCGCAUCAUCAAUUUUGGUGGGAAUGAUGGCCUUCUCGAGGUACCCCCAGGCUUUAGCAGGGGCAUGAAACUGGCUGAGAAGAAGUCCGCCCAGGCCCAAGAGGACGCUGAGGAUGUGGAAAAGACCCUAGAAGACAAUGAUGACGUGGAAUUGGUAGCUAAUGAUGACCAGCGCAACGGCGACGAUAGGCACCCACUGCAGAAUGGCACAGAAGAGACAGAAGAUGAAGGUUUCACCGACCUCGAUGACCUCCUGCCAGUGGAGUUUCCGUCACUCGAACCGCAUGGAGAAUUGAUCUCUGCGACCACGAAAAUCACGGGCAAAGAGUGGGCUCACGUGGUGGACAUCAACAAGGACAUCCCUAACUUCCACGAACUGGUGCCUGAGAUGGCGCGUACAUGGCCAUUCGAACUCGACGUUUUCCAGAAGGAGGCCGUUUACCAUCUCGAAAGUGGCGACUCUGUCUUCGUGGCCGCUCACACGUCGGCCGGAAAGACCGUUGUUGCGGAGUACGCGAUUGCACUGGCGGCGAAACACAUGACCAAAGCAAUCUACACGUCUCCCAUCAAAGCCUUGUCCAACCAGAAAUUCCGCGACUUCAAGAACGUCUUCGACGAUGUGGGCAUUCUCACUGGUGACGUACAGAUCAAUCCUGAAGCUAGCUGUCUCAUCAUGACGACCGAGAUUCUGCGCAGCAUGCUCUACCGUGGUGCCGACCUCAUCCGAGACGUCGAAUUCGUGAUCUUCGAUGAGGUACAUUACGUCAAUGAUCUCGAGCGAGGCGUAGUCUGGGAGGAGGUCAUCAUCAUGCUCCCUGACCAUGUGACGCUCAUCCUGCUCUCCGCCACAGUUCCCAACACGUAUGAGUUCGCUUCUUGGGUCGGCCGUACCAAGAAGAAGAAUAUCUAUGUGAUCUCGACACCGAAACGACCCGUGCCGCUAGAACAUUAUCUCUGGGCCGGUAAGGAGAUGCAUAAGAUCGUGGAUUCUGAGAAGCGUUUCCUCCAGAAGGGAUGGAAGGCUGCAAAUGACAUCCUUUCCGGACUGGACAAGGUCAAAGAGCAGAAAGCUAUCGAGGCUCAAACUCCAGCUCGAGGUGCGCCAGGCCGUGGCGCGCCGGCAGGACAACGAGGUGGUCGUGGUCAACCAGCACAGCGAGGCGGGCCACAUCAAAGAGGUGGCACACAACAGCGCGGCCGCGGGCCCACGCCCACCCGUGGUCAAGGCAACAUUGCACGAACAGGGCGUGGCGGCGGCCGGACGACAGCUGCCCAGGACAGGAAUCUGUGGGUGCAUCUGGUCCAGCAUCUUCGGAAGGAAAACCUGCUCCCUGCAUGCAUCUUCGUCUUCUCCAAGAAGAGGUGUGAAGAAAAUGCCGACUCUCUUUCGAACCAAGACUUCUGCACAGCAGCCGAGAAGAGUGCAAUCCACAUGAUUAUCGAAAAAUCGAUUGCCAGACUGAAGCCAGAGGAUCGAGUGCUGCCGCAGAUCAGACGCUUACGAGAGAUGCUAGGGAGGGGCGUCGCCGUCCAUCAUGGCGGUCUCCUGCCGAUUGUCAAGGAGAUUGUCGAGAUCCUGUUCGCACGGACGCUUGUGAAGGUGCUGUUCGCGACGGAGACAUUUGCCAUGGGCUUGAACCUUCCGACGCGUACUGUUGUCUUUUCUGGAUACCGCAAGCAUGAUGGACGAGAUUUCCGAAAUCUGCUCCCGGGAGAAUACACGCAGAUGGCGGGUCGAGCGGGUCGUCGAGGCCUUGACACCGUCGGCACGGUCAUUAUCGUGACGCCUGGCAGGACAGAAGCACCUCCAGCGGGGGAACUCACUCAGAUGAUUACUGGCCCGGCCACGAAGCUCCGAAGCCAGUUUCGACUGCACUACAACAUGAUUCUGAAUCUCAUGCGCGUCGAGGCACUGAAGAUCGAGGAGAUGAUCAAGCGCAGCUUCUCUGAGAACGCCACACAGGCGCUGCUCCCUCAGCACGAGAAGCAGGUCGCGCUAUCACAGGCAAGUCUCGACAAAAUCAAACGGGAGGCCUGUGACAUAUGCGAUGGUGACUUAGAAACCGCUCACGAGGCAGCAAUGGAGUUUGAACGACUAACGAAAGAGCUCCAUAUCCGCUUGCUCUCGUCACCCGUUGGACGCCGCCUUUGGACGGCGAAAAGAUUGAUAGUGUAUAAGAAGGACGGCACGCGCAUGGUAGGAAUCCUCCUCGACGAACCCCGAACCGGUGGACCGCGACCCUCACUCAAAGUGCUCGAAAUCUCCGACGUCGACGCGCAGAGGUCGACGCGAGAUCUCCUCCCCUACCUUUCCCGGGUCCGCACGAUGUUCACCCCACUCCCCAGCAAGGUGUCUCGUGUCAGAUGGGGUGUUGCCCAGGUUCAGUUGGACGAUGUGGAAUGUCUAACCCAGACGGUCGUCAAGGUAAAAGGCCCCCACUGGUACAUCCAGGUCCGAAAAGAGCAACAGAAGUUUGUGGAAAAUGAGUUCCUGACGGUGUACUCGUCGUGGAUCUCCACAGCGUGGGACGAGCAGGAAUGGAACAAAGUGCACGAACUGUCCAUCCGAGAGUUGUUGGUUGAGCGGCAGAGAGCUGCCACAAUCUUCCAGAACGCAAAGUCUCUCUCGUGUCCGAGUUUCGUGAAGCACUACGGCAUGCAACACGACGAGUGGUUGAUCAAGGAGAACAUCCAGGCUCUGAAGAUGCUCAUGUCCGACCAGAAUCUGUCCCUCUUGCCGGACUAUCAGCAGAGAACCGAGGUGCUGAAGGAUCUCGGGUUCAUCGACGAGGAGUCGCGCGUGCAGCUCAAAGGCAAGGUCGCCUGCGAGAUCCACUCCGCAGACGAGCUCGUGCUUACGGAACUGAUACUGGAGAAUGUGCUCGCGUCAUUCGAGCCCGAGGAGAUCGUGGCCCUCCUUUCCGCCUUCGUCUUCCAGGAGAAGACCGACUCCGAACCUGAACUCACCGAGAACCUCAAAAGAGGCAGAGACGAGAUCAUCAAGAUCUCGGAAAAAGUGAACAAAUAUCAAAUCCUCCAUCAAGUCAUCCUCUCCUCGGACGACGCCAACGACUUUGUCUCGAGACCGCGGUUUGGACUGGUAGAAGUGGUGUACGAAUGGGCGAGAGGAAUGUCAUUCAAUCGGAUCACAGAUCUGACGGACGUGAUGGAAGGGACGAUUGUACGGGUCGUCACGAGGUUGGACGAGACGUGUAGAGAAGUCAUGAGUGCGGCGAGGUUGAUCGGUGAUCCGAGUCUGUACCAGAAGAUGGACAAGGCGAGGGAAUUGAUCCGACGAGACGUCGUGUUUACAGCGAGCCUGUACAUGUGA